AUGGCAGAUUAUACUCCUUCGUCCUCGUCGUCGGGGUUCUUCAACAUCUGCGUGCUGCAUUCGGUGGCGGCGGUGACGAUAGGGGUGCUGAUGAUGUUCUACCUGGAGGCGGCGGCGGAGGUCGGGCACGGCCCGGAGACGGCGGCGAGGCUGCUGCAGGGGUCGAGCCCGCGCGACCAGAUGUUGAUCCACAACGCCGACUCCUUCUCCGGGCUGCUCCUCUGCGCCAUCGGGCUGCUGCUCUUCAUGGUGGCCUUCGUGGAGGAUCGCGACUUCCAGGGUUUCUUCGCCAAGGGCUGCGUCCUGCUCCACGCCGCCGUCGCGCUCUGGCGCCUCUCCUUCGAGCGGCGCGUCGACGAUCUGGCCGCACACUGGCCGCGGCAGUUCGUCGGCGAUUUACUCCUCGGGCUGUCGUGGGUCAUCUUCCUCGCCCACUCUUGGAAGGAAAAGUACGACUAA